GUUUUAGUUUAAAGCCAGAUUUCAUACGUUAAUAAUGAAUUUGAGUGAAAUUUCUGGAAAGUUUGAAGUGUCCACUCAGGAUUUAGCUCCUACAAUAACCGAAAGCGAUGAAAAGCAAGUGAAAAUGUUGUCAAAUAAAUGAAUUCAGGGUUAAUUUUCUUUCACUGCAAUAGAUUACCAAAAGCAAAGGAACAAUUCAAUUGGAAAAUAUGGAAAUUUCGAAGAUACAUCGUCACUGUUAUGAGCAUGCUAGGCUUCUUUAAUACUUACACCACAAAUUUGAGCAUGAGUGUUGCAAUUGUUGCAAUGACUCAGAAAGUGAAUGUGAUUUUAGUGAAUGGAACUAUUGUUGAAAAGCAAGAAUUUGACUGGAACUCUAAGGAACAAGGAUUGAUCCUUAGUUCAGUCUUCUACGGCUGCAUAUGGACACAAUUUAUUGGAGGGAUUUUAGCUGCCCGAUUUGGUGGACAUGUUCUGUUUGGUGUUGGUGUAGGAGUCGGAUCCAUCCUGAUGUUAGUUUCACCACUUGCGGCUAAACAGGGGGUUAUACCCUUGGUAAUUACGAGAAUCUUACUGGGUUUAUUUGAUGGUUUGGUAUUUCCAAGUAUUCAAGACGUAUAUGCCCAUUGGGUUCCGAUUUACGAAAGGACUACAAUUACUGGGAUAGUCCACAGUGGAUGUGCAAUAGGAACAUUUACUUCUUUCCUAGUAUCUGGUUUACUAGCACAAUAUCUUGGUUGGGAGAGUAUAUUUUAUCUUUUCGGAGGCAUAGGUUGUGUCUGGUUUAUCAUUUGGAUGAUCUACAUCAAAAGAGAUCCAGCAAGUGAUCCCCGAAUUUCGCCAGAAGAAAGAGCCUACAUCGAGUGUAACCUCGAAAAUUUAAGUGAUAAAAAAGAUCUUCGAACACCUUGGAAGGCUAUCUUCUCUUCGUCAGCCGUUAUUGCUAUCACUGUUGUCAACUUCUGUGAUACUUGGUGCAGUAUUAUUUUUCAAGCAGAAAUUCCAACUUUUCUUAAUGAUGUUCUAAAGUACGAUUUAGGACAAACUGGUAUAAUAGCUGCAGCCCCAUAUCUAAUAUAUAUCAUAACAGUGUACUUAGUUAGUCCACUCAGUGACUUCAUUCGGUCUAGAAAUAUUCUUACUACUCAACAAGUUAGGAAGAUAUUUAUUGCUUCUGGAUUCCUCGUAACAGCAUGCUUACUAUCACUUGUACCCAACUUGAACAGUGCAACAGCUGUUAGUACUUCCCUCAUAAUUGCAAUAGGGCUUACGGCUGUUACGAGAGUAACGUACUAUUCCAACAUCCUUGACUUUGCACCUAAUUAUGCGUCAGUUAUCAUGGGGAUCUCCUUCACUAUUGCAGUCAUUCCAGGAGUCGUGGGUCCAUCGAUAGUAGGUUUCCUGGUUCAGAAUGGAUCCAAAGAUGAAUGGAAAAUCGUUUUCUAUAUUGCUGCAGGAUUUUGUGCCUUAGGUGCCACUGUAUUUGGAAUCUUUGGCAAAGGAAAAGUUCAAACUUGGGCACAGUGCUCAGAAACACAAGAUCGCAGAAUCGAUCGAGCAAUCAACUAAUGAAAACAAAGUGUUCCUAUUUUAUUAUUCAUCAUAUAUUUUCCAUUAGGGUAAAUUAAGCUAAUUGAAAACCUGCUCUAAAUGGAAAUUUUUCGCUACUCCAAAUGGAAACGUCAUUGUUUUCAUGAUAAAUACAGUACUAAAUUAUUAUAUUUAUAUAUUUUCUAUAUCACAGUUUCGAAUUUUUCAUAGAAUUUUUUACACCAUCGAAUUUUUCAUCGAUCGACCAUGUUUUCCAAUGAAAAACACAAUGAGGUAAUUGUUGUU